AUGGGUAAAUUUGACCAUAUUCCUGAACUCUUAGGAUCGGAAAAUUAUAUUGGAUGGUCAACCAAAAUGCAAUAUGCACUUGCGUGCAAAGACCUUUGGUGCCAUAUUAAUAUGUCCCUGCUGAUCCCAACAACUGUCACUGCCGUGGAGACAGCGACAAUGUGUGAAUGGUUGUUGAAGGACAUGAAAGCAAAGGACCUAGUCGCUUGCCAUCUCAGUCCAUCAGUUGGCGCACUUGUAUCACGCUCACACACUGUCUCUGCUCGCAAAGUGUGGCAGAUACUCGCAGAGCACUUCAACAGGACUGAUACAAGUGCUCAGUACCAACUA